AUGGCUUCGUCAAGAUUUGAGCUACUUUGUAUCGUGCUCCUGGGCGUCGGACAGAUGUGCAUCAUGACCGGAUACGAUACUCAGGUAGUCUACUGUAGUCAUUUUCAACAUAGAUUGAGUUUUUCUCUUACUUACCAAGUGUCUUCCAAGCCGCUGCAGAUUCCUUUUUUAAUGUUUCAAUAUAAGCUUUCUUCAAGUUCAAGAUCAUUUCCAAAGUUUUCUUUUGAGAUUUGACGGGAAGGCUGUACACUUUCAAACAUUCCAAAGAACGAAAUGAAUUUUAUUACUGAAAGAACUUUUCGAGGUACCCUCACGUAAAUCGAUUACAGAAAUUUUUUCAAAAAGAUUUUAUUCUUUCCAAUUAAUUAUUCCUUCACCAAAAACAAAAUUAACUCCAUUCUAAGAGAAUGAAUUUAGAAAUAUCGUUGUUUCAGUCCUUCAUUUUGGAAUCGGUAAUUCAUUCCGUCAAUGAAAGAUAUCCUGGACUUAUCAGCAAAUAUGCAGGCUAUUAUGGGUUUGCUUUGAAAGUCAUUUCCUGACAGGUUGGUCAUUUUCAGGCAAGCCGUCUGCUGGGGAACCUACAUGAUCGCAACCAUUUUUACGCCAUCUCUUCUGAACUAUCUCAGCCCAAAAAUGACUUUGUUCCUGGGAUCCCUGUGCUACACGUUAUUUCAGAUUGGAUUUUUCUUUCUGAAUUCUUAUUAUUACUACAUCACUAGCGCUUUGAUGGGCGUCGGGUUCGCAUGUAAGCUUUUUAUUUGAAAAGGGGAUUUCGAAGCCGUUUCUCAAAUAUUUUUCAAAAGAAAAAAAGUUUAUUGACCAGAAAUUCUCUGAAAAUGUUAAUUAAUUCAGUGUUUUAUACCGGUCACGGAGGGUAUUUGACUUCACAUUCAUCACGAAAUACAAUUGAAGCUAAUUCAUCCAUUGCUUGGAGCAUCGGCUGUUUAUGGUUGAUCUUUCUAUCAAAUGUUCAAAAAAAAGCAAUGCAUCCUGCAGUAUGCUGCUCGGAGGUGGCAUCUUGGCCCUCGUUUUCGCUCUAACCUCUGCUAGUGGAAGUAACCAUGGAAUUUAUUUGAACGAUACGUUGAAUUUCAACUCAACGAUUCCAUUCACCGAAGAGAAAGAAAGAAGUUUCAGCGAUAAAGAAAUGUGGGACCUUUUCCACGAAAAUUAAUUAUGUACGACUUUCAGACUCCUUAUGUAUGCCGCAUUCGCUGCGGUGACAAUUUUCGCAAACAUCACUUUCUUAGUGAUGCCUUCAAAGGAAGUGGACAAUUGCAUCGAAGGAAGAAACAAGAAUAAAACGACUUUCAUUGAACAAAUGCGUUAGUUUUAAAAAGGUGAAACUGUAUAACACAAAGAAGUUAUAGACAGAAUGUACUCGGCAUUUUCCUCUAGGAAAACCAUGCUACUCUCUGCUGUUUUUGUGAACCUUGGUUUAUGGACAUCUUUCUGGCUUUCCGUUUACCCUACCACUCUCACUUUCAAUAUUAAUCUUUCGGAGAAAAUUUAUCUUCCUGCCAUAUAUAGUGUAGGCGUUGGAACGGGAGAGAUUAUUAGUGAGUUUCAUUUCUAUUUUCUGACAAGUUGUUCAAUUUUCCAGUGGGAUUUUUCAUCGCUUCAAUGAGCAAGCGUAAGAAGGACUUUGGACUUCAACCGACCAUGACCAUCGGAUGCAGUUUGGCGUGUUUAACGAUAUUACUGAUCACCGUUUCAACUCCCGUCGACUCUCCGAUGAGGCCCACUGCACAGCUUCCUCUUUUGUUUCAACCAAAGUUCAAAAAUCAAUGGUUACUCUGGGAUUGAAAUUUCUUCCAGCCGAAUUAUUGUCUUCCUGAUCGCCUUGAUGAUCGGCUUAGCUGAUUCGGCUCUAAACAACGUCAGAACUGUGAUUUGCGCAAUAGUAAUGCCUGAUCGCAGAGCUCAGACGUUUUCCAUCUCAAAGUUCUAUCAAGUCCGUUUUCACCUUUGAAUUUUCGGAGAUACUCCCCUAGGUUUUCUUCGAAAUAAUUUAUGAGAAGUGCGAUAUAAUCAGCGAAAGAUUGUUAAAAAAGUAUAGAUUCAAACGCAAACAUUGCAUUUUCGUUUCAAAUUAGCGUUAAAAGAAAUAUGGUUGCUUCGAAUCAAAUAAUUUUGCAGGCUCUUGGAGGAUCAGUUCUGCUGUUUUUGAGUUCAAAGAUGACAAUUUAUCACUACACCUGCAUUCUUUUGGUGUCUUCAAUUCUGGCGACCGUCACCUUUUUCCAUGUUGCCAAGAAAACCCAGAAAAUGGAACGGAAGUUUACAGUGGAGCAGCUCAACCGAAAUCGAGUGCCGUUGUGA